ACGGGAGGGGAACCGGCCCGCCCCCGCGCCUCUCGGUUCCACCGAGACCAGAACUAAUCCAGUCCUGCAGAUUUGAUCCAAAGGACAUUCAUGCUUGUGGAAAAGCUCCUGGUAACUUCAGGACAUGAUGGAUCUGCUGCAUGUUAGACCUGACUGCUACAAACAAGCUCAUACUUACAUUUGCAAUGGUUGUAUGGUUGGACCCUGGAAAUGGGAUGUCAGUCCCAUUCAGGGAGCAUAAAGGAAGAAAGAAAAUCUCCCAGUUGUUGCUGCUGUGACAGAGAGUGAGAGCAAGAGCAGGAAAAUGUCGACAGUCACAUCAGCAAUCCAGGCUCCUCAGGGCCCUGUGAAUCCACCACCUCCGGAGGUCACUAAUCCUAAUAAGCCUGGCCGGAAGACCAACCAAUUGCAAUAUAUGCAAAAUGUUGUGGUAAAGACCUUGUGGAAGCAUCAGUUUGCUUGGCCUUUCUACCAACCUGUUGAUGCAAUUAAAUUGAAUUUGCCAGAUUAUCACAAAAUAAUAAAAAAUCCCAUGGACAUGGGGACCAUCAAGAAGCGCCUGGAACAUAAUUAUUACUGGAGUGCCAGUGAAUGUAUGCAGGAUUUCAACACCAUGUUUACAAAUUGUUACAUUUAUAACAAGCCCACAGAUGACAUCGUCCUCAUGGCCCAAGCCCUGGAGAAGAUAUUUCUGCAGAAGGUUGCUCAGAUGCCUCAGGAGGAAGUCGAAUUAUUACCCCCAGUUCCUAAAGGCAAAGGUCGCAAGCCAUCAGCGGGCACGCAGAGUGCAGGAGCGCAGCAAGCAGUGGCCAUGUCUUCCGUCUCCCCGCCGGCCCCGUUCCAGAACGUCCCUCCAGCCGUGUCUCAGACGCCCGUCAUUGCUGCCACCCCUGUGCCAACCAUCACUGCUAAUGUCCCGCCUGUCACUGCCCCUCCCGCCGCUGCUCCCCCUCCGCCUGCUGCUCCGAUAAUGCCCGUGGUGCCUCCCACGCCACCAGUAGUCAAGAAAAAGGGAGUGAAGCGGAAAGCAGACACGACAACCCCCACCACCUCUGCGAUCACUGCCAGCCGAAGCGAGUCGCCCACACCCCUCUCGGACCCCAAGCAGGCCAAAAUCAUCGCUCGACGGGAGAGCGGCGGGCGGCCCAUCAAACCACCAAAGAAAGACCUUGAAGACGGAGAGGUCCCCCAGCAUGCAGGGAAGAAGGGCAAACUCUCUGAGCACCUCAAGUACUGUGACAGCAUUCUUAAGGAGAUGCUCUCGAAGAAGCAUGCAGCCUAUGCAUGGCCCUUUUACAAGCCUGUUGAUGCAGAGGCCUUGGAAUUACAUGACUAUCAUGAUAUUAUCAAACACCCCAUGGAUCUCAGUACUGUUAAAAAAAAAAUGGACAGUCGGGAAUACCAAGAUGCACAAGGUUUUGCAGCAGAUAUUCGGUUAAUGUUCUCUAAUUGUUACAAGUACAAUCCUCCAGACCAUGAAGUGGUAGCGAUGGCCAGGAAGCUCCAGGAUGUCUUUGAGAUGAGGUUUGCAAAGAUGCCCGAUGAGCCUGCAGAGGCCCCACCUCCUCCUCCACCAACAGCACCAGUGGUGAGCAAAAGCACAGAGAGCAGUCACAGCAGCGAGGAGAGCUCUUCUGACUCGGAUAGCUCGGACUCGGAGGAAGAGCGAGCGACUCGGCUGGCGGAGCUCCAGGAGCAGCUAAAGGCUGUCCAUGAGCAGCUAGCUGCAUUGUCACAAGCACCAGUGAACAAACCAAAGAAAAAAAAAGAGAAGAAGGAAAAAGAGAAGAAAAAGAAAGAUAAAGAGAAGGAAAAAGAAAAGCACAAAGUAAAAGCUGAGGAGGAGAAGAAACCCAAGGUGGCUCAACCACCAAAACAAACCCAACAGAAGAAAGCCCCAGCUAAGAAAGCAAACAGCACAACCACCGCUAACAGGCAGCCCAAGAAAGGAGGCAAACAGGCAUCUGCAACCUACGAUUCAGACGAGGAGGAGGAAGGUCUACCCAUGACCUAUGAUGAGAAACGACAACUCAGCUUGGACAUCAACCGUCUGCCUGGGGAGAAGCUGGGCAGGGUGGUGCACAUCAUCCAGUCGCGGGAACCUUCUCUCAGAGACUCCAAUCCUGACGAGAUAGAAAUAGAUUUUGAAACAUUGAAGCCCACAACUUUACGAGAACUGGAGAGAUACGUGAAAUCUUGUUUACAGAAAAAACAAAGGAAACCGUUUUCUGCAAGUGGGAAAAAGCAAGCAGCAAAGUCAAAAGAAGAGUUAGCUCAGGAAAAGAAGAAAGAACUAGAAAAACGGUUACAGGAUGUCAGCGGGCAGCUAAACAACAACAAGAAACCUGCAAAGAAAGAGAAAUCUGGCUCAGCUCCCUUCGGAGGCCCUUCCCGGCUCAGCAGUAGCAGCUCCUCCGAGUCCGGGAGCAGCAGUUCCAGCGGCUCCAGCUCAGACAGCAGCGAUUCGGAAUGAGCUAUGGACACUUACUCACAAAACACAAAAUGGACAUCACCCUCAUCGAUGGUCUGCAGUGUUCCUUUCUCUCCAUAAUAUACUGUUCUUGUUCCACGAUGGUCAGGUUUUUUUUCCUCUCUGACUUUUUUAUUUUAUUUUUUAAUUCAGUGUUAUAAAAGGUAUCUUCCAUUUUUUUGGGGGCGCUCUUUUAAUAGGUCAAAGAUCUUUGCGCGUGUGUGUGACUAGACUUUAUGACAAAUAGUUCCCUUUGCAUAAAGUCUCUAAAAUACAUUUUAACUGAAGAAGAUUGGUUGAAAAUGGAAGAACUUUGAACUCUUAGCUGGAGAUAAAUAGAAAGUUCUGCAAGGUUUGUAGUACAUUUCCCUCCCGCCCCUUUCCUCUCCCCAGAAUGUUCUCUUUUAAUAAUCCUGCCUGGCUCACACAAGGUAAAAAAAUCUUUUUUAAAGAAAUCUCUGUAAAAUGGUACUGUAUCUGAAAGAUGUUAGCUUUUGAACUAGUUGGUGUAUUUGUUAUUAGCACUAGUAUUCUUAAUCUCAAAGUCUACAGUGUGAUGAAAAUGUCAGAUGCUAUCAUCUUUUUACAUAAAAACAAAUUCUCGUGUACUGUGGAUUGCUAACAUGCUUUUUUUUAAUCUUGGUAGAGGCAUAGGCACCUGUUCAGGAAGGUAUUUAAGCAUGAAUUUAACUUUAAGCACAUGAGCAAUAUAAGUGGUUGCAUUUGUUGUUUUUCCACUCAAAAUUUUCAUUUUUCUUGGGGAUACGUUGGGAAGAAGGGAGCAAGGGACACUCAGGUUUCUUGGGAAUGUUGUUUUUAACAUCAAAUAGAUAAUUUCCAGGAAAUGGAUACUCUCCAUGAAAGUUUUCAUUUAACUGAAAUCAGUUUUUGGCUGAAAGUUCUCAGCUGGACCUCAGAGUGAUCCCUGCAGAGUGACCAAGGCAAGUCAUGUGCUUGUUAUUAGACACAUGUGUAAGUACUUUCUCCAUGACAAGCACCUCAGUCUGGGCUUAAAAUAAAGGAGCACUUGAGUUCCAGCUGAGGCUGAGCUGGCAGGGGAAUUGGAGAGAGAUGUUGUGUGUGUUUGGGUUUUUUUUUUUUCCUCUCUAUCGUUUCAGUAGUAAGCUCCUAGAAGGGGAAUGCUACUUCUGUGUUGUGCAGGGUGCGGGUUUCCAGACACUGAAAUGCUUACCUCAAUAAAAAGAAAGGGGAGGGAGAAAAAAAAGAGACAAUUUUUUAAGACUUGCAAUUUUUUGAGUCCAGCCUAAUGUUUUGACCUGCACUGCUGCAAUACACUCUGUUUUCACUGUUCCUGAUUUCAUGUAUAUAUAAGUACUUUAUUUAUUAAACACCAUUGGUCACUUAAAACUUAUUAAAAAAAUUAGCAAAAGCAAAGCUGCAUUAUGCAGACCAGCAGAAAUGCAGACUUUUAAUGUGGUUUGAACCAGAUUUAAAAAAAAAAAAAAAAAAACAAACAAAAACCCACCAAAAAACACAACAAAAAAGCAAAUAAAAAUCUGAGACUUUAUUUAAAUCCAAUGGACUUUAUACCUACAGGUGCUACAGUCCAGUCUACCAUGUGUCUGGUGCUCUGUCAUGUUUGGUGUGUUCAUUUUGGGUUUUGUUUUCUCUUAUCUCUUCACCCCAGCCCCCUUUUUUCCUGUUUUGUACAGAUUUUUGAGACAUACAGGUAGAUACAUUUUCUUGAUUCAGCACAUUAUUAUUUUCUCUCAAUAUUUCCAGAGGUCUUUUUUCUCCUUUUUUUUUGUAGAACAGUGGUGGUUUUUUAAUAAUCCAAUUUUAGGACAACACCUGUUCUAUAAUUAUAUAAAAUUUGUAAUCUGAGGGGCAGAAAUUUAUUGUAAAUUCUUAACUUUUUAUUGUAAAGAAAAAAUAUAGUUUAACAGAAAGUUAUGCCUUUCCCUCUCCCAGCACCAGCCCCUAAGGCUGCCUCUCUACUGUGGGGUAGCCCUAAAAUUCACCCUGCUGUGGUCUGUAUUAGCAGUUUGCCAGAGGCCCCAUGGUGCAGGUUACACCAGCUUUUAUUUUUCACCUAGGUGAGUGGCCCUGGAGGACUCCUCAGCCCUAGCACACAAUUUUCAUGGCACGCUCAGCCUCCAAGAGCUGGGACGGGAGACGCUGUGCUGGGAUGUGUGGUGUUGGGGGGGGUCACUUUGCUGGAAAGCUGGGUAAGCGCAGGGCCAGCCUGUUAGUAGCACUCACUCUAUGGUUUGCACUUCUAACUGCAGCCACAGUCAGCUGCCAGUCACUGCCCAUCAACUGAAGUUUUAGAUGCUAAAACACUUAGACACUUAGGAGAUGGAAUUAUCAAGAAUUUUAUUCUUGCGUCUGUCUUUAAAAAUCUAUCUUUCAAAGCAACAUUUCAGAGCAUUCCAGCGUGCGUCUCAAAUAGCUGACGUGCCUCUGUCCAUGUCUUAUCUGUGUAGUGACAAUAACACACUCUCUACAGUUUGCUGUACAAGAAAAAAAUCCCCUACCUCCUUUUUUUUUUUUUUUUUUUUGCGCUAAGGGCUGAGAGAGUGUUGCUGUGAGGCACCGAGUUCCUCCUAUAAGCUGCUGGGCAUCCUUAGCUCAUUUUGCAAUCGUCAGGGUGCUUGGCCUGUUGGCAGGAGGCUCUCAAGUCUUUGCAGAUAGUUUCCCAUAAUAAAGUGGAUGAACUAGGGUGAUUCUUACUGAAAUUAAUGAUUUUUCUUUUCCAUUAACAAUGGACUUAUUUUUAGUUCCUUUUUUUAAAAAAUCUGCCCUUAAAAAAAUCUUCACAUAGACAGAUGCUUAGUAAUAUAUUUUCAGAAUUUACUAUGAGGAAAUAUAAUAUGCACCUAAUUAAGAGCUUAGGGGUUUUUUUAAUGGGGUUGGGUUUCAUCUGUGUUUCUCCUAUUGUCUGAGACUUCCAUUAUCAAAACCAACUAGUAUUUUAAUUAAAAUAAUUGCAACCAAUUCAAUACCAUGACAACUUGGAUAAACAAGCUCCCAGUUUUCCCUGCUUGAAACCUUUUCCCUCAUGCAUUAACCUGAGCUGUGCUGUUGAUGUAACAUGGUGGUCGCCUCCGUGGAGAACAAACCGCAGCUGGUGUUGGAGGCAAUUGCAGCUUGCUCUCGCCAGCAUCACUGCCACGUAAAGCCCAGGGACCUGGUUCUGCAGCAUGCCACCAACCUACGACGUCGGGGACAGCCCCGCUGACCACAGCCAGGGUACAGACGUUCCUCUAGGAUGCAUAGGUCUGUCCCAGAAAGAAUCGGUGGAAAGGUUAGAGCCAAAGGGUUGGGGACCAAGCAUGAAGUGAUGGGCCUGGUCCGGGACUGUCUGCAGCGCUGGAGGAGGAUCCCUAUUUUAGAUGGCAAACCUGCCCUAGCUUGGGGAUUUGCAAGGAAAACAAGCAACCAAACCCACCAAGGAAUAAGAAGAACCACCUGCAUAUCUUUGAUAAUACCCAGCUGUGACUUGGGCUACCAUUUAGUGGGAAACUUUGUUUUCAUGGAAAGUAAGGUGUUCCUUGUGAAUGGCAGUUCGCAGGAGAAAUCCAUUUUGGCAUGGCCUUCAUUUCAGGAAAGAAAUUGAUGACUCUUUAUUUCAAAAUGUUGUUCUUACACUUUCUCAUUUUCGUAUUGUUUGUAGUGCUCAUUAUCUCCCGACAUGUCAGUAGUGGUGCCUCUUGUAUCUCCAGAUCAGAGUGUCUCCAGGAAAGAAGAGAUGUUUUCAGUCCAUAGUAAGUAGCAGCAGCCCUUAAUGAGUUGGAAACAGAAACAAUAGAGCAUUUAUUUAACUGAGUUUGUAUUGCAUGACAUGUCAGUAUGGAUGUCAUGAAAUAACUUUAAAAUGAUCAAAUAUAUAACAUUUGAAAUAACAUUUUUAAACUUAAGAAUAAAAAAAGAUUGACAUUUUUAUGGUAGAAUUUUUCUUGAACGAACAAAGUUUAACUUUGUUUUCCAGGGGAAACUUCACUGAAAUCAGUAUGAUUUCUUAUGUAUACAUACACACAUAGUUUUAUUGAAACUGGUUUUUCUGACUAAUUCCUGUUUUGACAAAACAAUAUCUGACCGGACCUAUUAUCAAUCAACCAGCAUUACUGCACCUUUAAAAACCUUGUGAAACUUUAUCUGAUUGUAAGGUCAGCCUGUUUCUUGGCAUACCAUCGGACCUAGGCUCGGUGGGACCAGAGGGAGAUCCGCAUCCCAUGGGCUCAGGCCCCGAUCCAUCUACUAAAGGAAUCUGUUGCGUACAACAGUUUUCUGCUAACCAAAUGUUGUCUAUACAAAAUCAUUUCAGUUUUGUAUUGAUGCGAUUUUAAACUUUCCUACCGACAGGGUUUGUAACUGUAGAACUGUAAUUUUGGGACUAUGUAACUGUUGUUUGUGAGUGUGUGUACAAUAGAUGCACGCGCCCACACACAUACACACAUGAGCACUUGUGUGCGUGUAUAUAUACAAAUUAGUUACCCAGUGAGGUCUCUUUCCAUGUUCUCUAUGUGGUAGAAGCAGACUGCAGUUACCUAAUCUAGUUCUUUCUCUGUUUUGGGGACUCUUAGACCAGUUUUUAAUUUUUUCCUUGUUUUGAAAGGAAUGAUGUUUUUUAAAGUUGGGGUUGGAGCUAGGGGGAAGGGAUCGGGGCAUGACAAAGAAAAAACACAACCUUUUUAGUACUGGAUUUUCAAAAGAUUUUCAGAAGACAUAUUCUCAAAAUGAGCAGUUACCACUAGGGCUAACUGUGGGCAGGCUCUGCAUUGCUGAAGACAAAUUUAGGGCAAGGAUUCAUUACACUAUAGCAGCAUUAUCUUGCUUGUAAAACAAUGAGAUGCAUUUUUUUAAAGAAAUGGUAUUUGCAUAUCUUUUUAAAUGUCAUUUUUAAAAAUAAAUAAGCCACCAGCUAGGAUUUGACACAGGCCACUUAGAACUUACCCCUGAUACUGGCAUAACCAAUCCAGAAAGAUUUGUUGUUGUAUUUUUGGUUUUGUUUUUUUUUUAAUAUUUAAAAAAAUGUUACUUUUCUGUAUGAUGUGCAUGCAAAUUUACCGUAACUCUUUUUCUUAAAACUUUUUAGUGCCAUUUCUAGUAUAUUCCUGUAAAUGUCAGUUACUGAAAAGAAAUGAGUCAAUGUAAGUAGUUUAGCUUGUUUAUUGCAAAUUGCUGGCCUCAAACACAACAGAAUUAAAAAAAAAAGUUAGAAAGUAAUCUUUGAUGUUACUGGUAAUCAUGGACCCUGGUCCUGGGGCAUUUUGUUUUGUUUUCAUAAUAAAAAGAAAAAUUG